CCUUCUUGGCCCGUACUAAACAUGGGUGCACGAUUGGCGGACAAAAUUUGCUUAUCAAUGGCGUGGUAACAAGUCUACAUAACUGCUGAUAAUGAUUGCAUACUGCAUAGACGCUCAUGCAUUUCAAGGUCCAUUGAUCUAGCCUGCGAUCAUUGCACAUUGGACUGAACUUCGGUAUAUUCUGCAUCCAUUUUGGAGUGUGAAUCUAUUCGAAGGUAGUUCUCAACAUGAUAUCGGUCAUGUUCAGUAGUGCACGUCAAGCAGGCCUUGCCUUUCGCGUUAGCUGGUCAGCAACAGGCGUAUUCCAAUGUUGUGCCGCAUCCCUGCCAAGGUGUGCACCUGCCUUGGAAACUGACAAUGGCCGAAGGCGCCUGGCCGGCAUUAACAGUCGGUGUUGGUCAACGUCCAGUACAAAUGAGGCUAUGCCCAGUUUGAUGACAUUUUCCAAUGGAGAAAAGAUGAAACCAACAUUCUCCAAGGCAGAAAUGGAGGGGAGACUGAGCAAGCUCCGUAACUAUAUGGACAAGAACUCGAUAGGUGGCGCCCUAUUCACCUCGUAUCACUGCAUCAACUACUACUCAGAUUUCCUCUAUCUUUCCUUUGGCCGACCGUAUGGCCUCGUUGUCACCCCUGAAAAAGUGGCUAUCAUAUCAGCUCUAAUUGACUACGGACAGCCGGACAGGAGGAAUCACGUGGGAGAAACAGUUGUCUUUACAGAUUGGCAAAGAGACAACUUUUGGAAGGCCGUUAAGCAAGAGAUGGAGCACGUCAAAGGAAAGGUUGGAUGUGAGUUAGAUCACAUUCCCGUUGACAGCUACAAGAAGUUACAAGUCGCUGUUCCUGGCGCCCAGUUAGUGGAUAUUGCAGAGCCUAGCAUGUAUAUGCGCAUGAUCAAAUCACCCGAAGAGAUUGCGCUCAUCAGAGAGGGCGCUCGCGUAGCAGAUCUUGGCGGCGAGGCUGCGCGCGCAGCUAUGGCCGACGGGGUCCCUGAGCACGAGGUAGCACUGGCGUCAACAGAGGCUAUGGUGAGAGAGAUUGCAAAGACCUUUCCACAUCAUGAGAUACGAGACACUUGGUCUUGGAUUCAAGGAGGUGUGAACACCGAUGGAGCUCAUAAUUCCGUCACCACAAGACCAUUCAAAAGCGGAGAUAUCGUCAGUCUGAAUUGCUUCCCAAUGAUUGCAGGUUACUACACGGCCCUUGAACGAACCCUGUUUAUUGACCAUGCCACCGAUGAGAACAUUCGUUUAUGGGAGGUUAACUGUGAGGUACAUCGCCGGGGAAUGGAACUCAUCAAACCAGGGGUCAAAUGUAAAGACAUCGCGCGAGAGUUGAAUGAAAUUUUCAAGAAGCACGACCUGCUGAAGUAUCGUACCUUUGGUUAUGGCCAUUCGUUUGGAACCCUGUGUCAUUACUAUGGCAGGGAAGCAGCUUUGGAGUUUCGAGAAGACAUAGAGACCGUUCUAGAACCAAACAUGGUGGUUUCUAUGGAACCGAUGAUCACUAUACCAGAGGGCCAGCCAGGUGCAGGUGGAUACCGUGAACACAACAUCUUGGUGCUGACAGAGUCAGGGGGAGAAAACAUCAGCCACUUCCCGUUUGGUCCUGAACACAACAUCGUCAAGAACUAAAUGGAAGAUCGUCGUCGCAUUGCAACCAAUGAGCCAGUUCGGUGUUCCAACAGCGAAAAUUGUAUUCUUACAUUUUCUCUUUAUUUUUGGCUUGUUUUCGGGAGUGGGUCGAGGGCUCAGCCAUCAUCCCAUGAGAAAAAGGAAUGUUGACCAGAAAUGCACAGCAUACAGCAUCACCUUACCCUCCUGAAGCACCACCAUUGUUCAGCCGCGCAUUUUGUGCACAAACAAUGCGCGAUGUGCUAUCCAGUCUAUCCGGUUCGUAAGUGAUU